AUGGCAAGGCGGGUCGCCGCGUGGUUGCAGCAACAGCAGCAGCAACAGGAAGAUGCGGACGGACGUGUGCUGUAUGAGCUGGUUGGCGCCGUGUUCCACAUCAAGGACGAAUUUGGAAACCAGCACUCUGUCUCCGUCGUCAAGGUUCCGCACCCGUUCCUCCGGCACCGCGGUAUUGGGCUGGCGUCGCAGUGGCUCAUCUUCAACGACUUUGUUGUCUCCGUCGGCUCCCUCCGUGAUGCCGUCAUGUACGACAUGGCAUGGAAGGUGCCGUGUGUGUUCAUGUAUGCGCGGCCGGGGACGACGGCCUCGUUCUUCGAUGCCGCCGUCCCGCCCGUGCACGUCUUCAAGCACCGACUCCUCACAGACAGGUCGCUGGCGCUGCGCAUGAGUGCGCCGUCGUUCCACCAGCUGUCCGAGCACGAUCUUCCGCAGGAGGGGGAUCUUGUUGCCAUUGACGCAGAAUUCGUCAGCCUGCGCAAGCAGGACGCAAAGAUUCGGAGCACGCAAACGCGCAAGAACAUCAUCAAGCCUGCGCAUCUUGCGUUGGCGCGGCUGAGUGUUGUCGCCGGCAGCGGACCGCUCACUGGCCGCGCCAUAAUCGACGACUACCUCACCAUGACAGAACCGGUUGUUGAUUAUGUGACGCGGUUCUCCGGCAUCCGUGAAGAGGACCUGAAUCCAGAGACGUCUGCCCGCCACCUCACGCGGCUCAAGACAACAUACUCAAAGGUUCUGUUCCUUGCUGCGCUGGGUGUGCGGUUUGUCGGCCACGGCCUUCGAAAAGACUUUCGUGUGAUCAACGUGGUACUGCCGCCAGAACAAGUCUUCGACACCGUCGACCUCUUCUACAAACCUGACUCACGGCGGCUGUCGCUCAAGUUUCUGGCGUGGUAUUUCCUGGACAUAUACACGCAGCUCUCAGACACCAUUGGCCACGACAGUAUUGAGGACUCGCUCACUGCACUCAAGCUGUACUUCAAAUACGUGGAGCUGUCCCGCAACCGCGACGCCUGGUUCAUCAUCCUUGAC